GUUGGCGCUUGGCGGCUUCGCGCGUCGUUCGGUUGCCGCUGCCGCCUCGGCUCGUGAGGAAAGUUGGGCUCUGGCUCCUUCCUCGCCGCCGAUACAGGCGGCGCCUCUCGGAUGCGGCGGAAGCAAAAGCGGCUGCUUCAGGCGGUGGGGCUGGCGCUGGCCGCCCUCGUCUUCCUGCCGAACGUGGGGCUCUGGUCCCUCUACCGGGAGCGGCAGCUGGACAGCGGGAGUGGGAAAGAAGGCGGCGGCGGCGCGGGGGGAGCCCGCGGAAUGGCGGCGGCGGCGGCGGCUGUGAUGGUGCCGCCGCCGCCGCCGGGAGUCGUCGCAGCAGCCCGUGGGGAGGCGCAGGGUUCCCAUACAAGAAAAAAGAAAGAUAUCCACCUUGAUAAUGGGCAAAGGAGAAAGGACUGGCAUGAUAGAGAUGCUAUAAGGAGAGAUUUGGAACGUACAGGAAAUGGAGAGCAGGGAAAACCAUAUCCUAUGAGUGAUGCUGAACGAGUAGACCAGGCAUACAGGGAAAAUGGCUUUAAUAUCUUUGUGAGUGAAAAAAUUUCUCUCAAUCGGUCCCUGCCAGAUAUAAGACACCCAAAUUGCAAUAGAAAGCUAUACCUGGAAAAGCUCCCCAACACCAGUGUGAUAAUUCCUUUCCACAAUGAAGGAUGGUCAUCUCUUCUCCGAACAAUUCACAGUGUUCUUAAUCGUUCUCCUCCUGAACUAAUAGCUGAAAUUGUGCUGGUGGAUGAUUUCAGUGACAGAGAACAUCUGAAAAAGCGCUUGGAGGACUAUAUGGCACAGUUUCCCAAAGUGCGGAUUCUCCGAACCAAGAAAAGAGAAGGGUUGAUAAGAACUCGGAUGUUUGGGGCUUCUGUAGCAAUAGGAGAUGUUAUUACCUUCUUGGAUUCCCAUUGUGAGGCCAAUGUGAACUGGUUGCCUCCUCUGUUAGACCGCAUUGCUCGAAACCGCAAGACUAUUGUUUGUCCAAUGAUUGAUGUAAUAGACCAUGACCACUUUGGCUAUGAAACACAAGCUGGAGAUGCAAUGAGAGGAGCAUUUGACUGGGAGAUGUAUUACAAGCGGAUUCCAAUUCCUCCCGAAUUACAGAAACCUGACCCCAGUGACCCUUUUGAGUCACCUGUAAUGGCUGGAGGACUGUUUGCAGUGGACAGAAGGUGGUUCUGGGAGCUGGGAGGAUAUGAUGCAGGUCUGGAAAUAUGGGGAGGAGAACAGUAUGAAAUAUCAUUUAAGGUUUGGAUGUGUGGGGGUCGCAUGGAAGAUAUUCCUUGCUCCCGAGUAGGCCAUAUCUACAGAAAAUAUGUCCCUUAUAAGGUGCCAACAGGAGUCAGUCUGGCAAGGAACCUGAAGCGUGUCGCUGAGGUGUGGAUGGAUGAAUAUGCAGAAUAUAUUUACCACAGAAGACCUGAAUAUCGGCAUCUCUCAGCAGGAGACGUGACUGCUCAGAAAGAACUUCGUAAUAAUCUCAACUGCAAAAGUUUCAAAUGGUUCAUGACUGAAGUUGCUUGGGAUUUGCCAAAGUUCUACCCACCAGUGGAGCCUCCAGCAGCUGCCUGGGGAGAGAUCCGUAAUGUAGGGACUGGUCUGUGUGCAGAUACCAAACAUGGAGCCCUGGGUUCACCAUUAAGGAUUGAAACCUGUGUGAAAGGCAGAGGAGAAGCAGCCUGGAACAAUGUACAGGUUUUCACAUUCAGCUGGCGAGAGGACAUCCGUCCAGGAGAUCCCCAGCACACAAAGAAAUUCUGUUUUGAUGCUGUUUCCCACAAUAGCCCAGUGACUCUCUAUGACUGUCAUGGAAUGAAAGGGAAUCAACUCUGGAAAUACAGAAAAGACAAGACUCUUUACCACCCAGUAAGUGGUAGCUGCAUGGACUGUAGUGAAAGUGACCGAAAAAUCUUUAUGAGCACAUGCAAUCCAUCAUCUCUAACACAGCUGUGGGUAUUUGAGCACACAAACUCAACAGUCUUGGAAAACUUUAACAAAAACCUUGAUCUUUAAAAAUGGAGUAUAUGUGUAUAUAUUGCAGCUAUAGUUUUUACAGGGGAGAUGACAAUUUUUUAAAAAAAAUAAUUAAAAAAAAUUAAGGUAAAAGGGAGAAUCUCAGGAGAGGAUGUGACUAUUGGGCCAGUCUUUACUUUAAUGAUGCUGCAUCUUUAUUUUUUGGGUAAUCGAAUCCCUUAAGAAAUCUUGGAAUCUAAGGUGCCAUGAUUAUACCUGGAGUCUCGAAUUCAGAUUCUGUAGGAGACAAUAGAUUCCGCCCCCCGCCGCCCCCAACAGUCUUGACUCUCUGCUUCAAGGUAGCAUUUUUCCAUUGGGUGAUUUAGAGUUAUCAUAUGUCUUCCACACUACACUGUCUCAAAAGCCAAGCUCAAGGAUCCAGACCACAACCAAAGGUGAGUGUUAUGGCAAUUGUGUAUCUCCCGCCCAAAUGCUUAUGAAGCCAGUGCUGACAUCCCAGUACACUGUCCCUUAUUUAAAUGGUAUAAAGUUAUUCCUGGUGCCUUUGUUGUGUGGCUGACAGCUGCAGUGGAAGGUGUGUAGGUAAAAUCUUAGAUUUUUUCUGUCUUGACUGCUAAUGAUCAAGACACAGGUAAUCUCUCCAUAGAGUUCCUUGUCUUUUUGUUUUGCACAUGCCUCCUAAUUUUUUAUCCUUCUCUCCCACCAGCCCUGAAUAACUUGAAUUGGCUUUAACUUCUACAUUUGCAAUGCAAAUAAAGUAGAUAAAAUUUAAUAUUUAUGUGGACAUCUAAUUUUAACGUGUGUUCUGAGUUCAGAAUACAGAACUUAAUGUUCUAUUAAUCUUUGCUAGUUUAAAGCAAUACCUGUCACCUUGAAAAAAAAUCACUGGAAUUUGUUCAGCAACUUGAUACAAAAGCCUUUUCAGGGACUAGUGUUUCUUAUUUCUGUAUAAUUUCAUUUUUUCUUGGUACCACCUCCAUAUCCAUCAAAGAGAAUUUUAGUUAAAUGCAAUUGAAUACUUAACAAAUAAUAUGAGUUCUGGUCAAGCAAAAAUAUAAAAGAGGAUGUGGGAAAAUGUGACUCCUGUAAGCAAAUAACAGCAGUUAAGGCCUCAUACAGACAAAUCUGGCAUUUAAUGGCAGUGGAGGAGGAACCGCACAGAUUUCCUUACGGUUUUUCACCUCCAUGCUCUCUUUUCAAUUAAGGGAAACUGCAACUUCAGCUUCAAAUUCUCUGCAGUUUGCCUGUUACGAACUACAGCAUGUGUUGUAUACACUUUGGGCAACCUGCUGCUAGAAUAAUCAUGCAGCUUUUGGUAGGUCUGCAAUAUCAGAAUAGUGGCCAUUUUUAAUGACACUUUCCAAGACACAUCAUGAAAGUUAUCAUUGGAGGAAGAAGAGAUCAGUACCUGAAAACCAUCUGAUGCAAAUAGAUGCGAAUUCACCGUAAUUGGUGAUUGCAAAUGCUUGCUUGAAUCUGACCUGUUACACUCAGUAGUAGCAUACAAUAUGCUUUGUUUGCUGUGAUUUUAUACUAGUUAGACAAAUCAGCCAUGUCAAGAGUAAUUACUAAUUUAGUUCAUCAGCCCUUCACACAAACAGAACUAAGGCUAAAAUCCUAAGAUCACUCAGUGAAACAAUUCCUAGUGACAUUAUGACUUGCAUUCAGAUAAGCAUAUUUAAUGUUGCAGUGUAAUUCUCUUUUAGUUACGUAUGUGUUGUUCCCAUCAAUGCAAUUCCUUUCUCUCUAGAAAUGAUACCCUGCUACAUCUAAAGCUGUAUGUGUCGCAUUCUAGGAUUUUAAAGAUUACCUUGUAAUAAAACUUUGGGUUGAUUAUU